GGAAAAAGAAAAAGAGAAGCAGUGCAGAGGUGUAAUAAAUUGGUGGCAAGUGGCAACCGGAAAGCCAGAGUGUGUGGUUCCGUUUGCUGACCUGACCUCGGAAAUCCAAAGAGGGAAACUCACGGUGUUUCGUUGCGUUGUGCUCUGCUCUGCUCCUUUGGGCCUGGGCUGGGCUGGGCUGGGCAUGGCUAUUGCAGCAGCGGCCGUGGUGGUACCAUUGGGCCUGCUCUUCUUCGCCUCCGGCCUCCUUGUUAAUCUCAUUCAGGCAAUAUGCUAUGUCGUCGUAAGGCCGGUGUCGAAAAGUUUGUACAGAAGGAUCAACCGGGUAGUAGCAGAGCUCUUGUGGCUGGAGCUUGUAUGGCUUAUUGAUUGGUGGGCAGGAGUUAAGGUCCAAAUAUUCACAGAUCAUGAAACCUUUCGUUUAAUGGGUAAAGAGCAUGCACUUGUGAUAAGCAAUCACAGAAGUGAUAUUGAUUGGCUUGUUGGAUGGGUUUCAGCUCAGCGUUCAGGUUGUCUUGGCAGCACUCUAGCUGUGAUGAAGAAAUCUUCAAAGUUUCUGCCGGUCAUUGGCUGGUCAAUGUGGUUUUCUGAGUAUCUUUUUCUGGAGAGAAGUUGGGCCAAGGAUGAAAGCACAUUAAAGUCAGGCAUCCAGCGACUGAGUGAUUUCCCUCUUCCCUUUUGGCUAGCUCUCUUUGUAGAAGGAACGCGUUUUACACAGGCCAAACUAUUAGCUGCUCAGGAAUAUGCCACUUCCACUGGAUUGCCUGUUCCUAGAAAUGUUUUGAUUCCAAGAACUAAGGGUUUUGUUUCUGCAGUAAGUCAUAUGCGCUCAUUUGUUCCUGCCAUUUAUGAUGUAACAGUAGCCAUCCCUAAGAGUUCCCCUGCUCCUACAAUGCUAAGACUCUUCAAGGGACAACCUUCAGUGGUGCAUGUUCAUAUCAAGAGGCAUUUGAUGAAGGAACUGCCAGAUACAGAUGAGGCUGUUGCUCAAUGGUGUCGAGAUAUAUUUGUGGCCAAGGAUGCUUUGUUAGACAAACAUAUGGCUGAGGGUACUUUUAGUGAUCAAGAGCUGCAGGAUACUGGUCGACCAAUAAAGUCUCUUCUGGUAGUUAUAUCUUGGGCGUGUCUGGUUGUUGCGGGGUCUGUAAAGUUCCUGCAAUGGUCUUCGUUACUCUCUUCCUGGAAGGGUGUUGCAUUUUCAGCUUUUGGUUUGGCAGUUGUUACUGCACUUAUGCAAAUUCUGAUUCAAUUCUCACAGUCAGAGCGUUCAAACCCGGCCAAGAUCGUGCCUGCAAAGUCAAAAAACAAGGGGUCUUGAUUUAUUUGGCGAACUUAAAGUUGCAUUUAUGUGUGAUGAGUGACUCAUGUAAUACUCAUUAUUUUGCUUUCAACAUCUUAUCAUAGUAUGCUUCUAUUCUAUAUAUGUACUAUUAUGAAUGCUUAUCGAUUCAUUGUUUUUAAUUUAAUUAGGAUAUCCUUUUGUAUUGACAGUCUAGGGGAUGGCCUAGAAAAAUUCAACCACCUAUUUUAUUUUACUCUUGGCCAUUCAUGCCCUUGAGGUUUAUUA